GCUAAGAAACUGGGCACUAAAUAGCAAAAUCAUCCCCUCCUACCUCCCGGACAAGAAAUUAGCGUCGGAGGGCUUCAAACGAGAAACAUGGCGGCUGCCGGCGAAGGUCGAUGGCCGAAUGAAAAGGAACAGUAUGAACUGCAGGAAGUUAUAGGUUAUGGAGCUACGGCCGUCGUCCAAGCUGCUCUGUGCAUUCCUCGCAAGGAACGUGUAGCUGUGAAGAGGAUUGACUUGGAGAAAUGCGGAGCUAGUAUCGAUGAAAUGAUGAAAGAGAUCCGUACCAUGAGCCAGUGCAACCACGAGAAUGUAGUGAAUUACUAUACUUCAUUUGUGGUUAAACAAGAACUGUGGAUUGUGAUGAGAUUGCUGAAUGGAGGUUCCAUGCUUGAUGUGAUAAAGCACCAGAAAAAGCGGGGUGGCUGCGAAGAUGGUGUCCUUGAUGAGGCAGUAAUAGCAUCCGUGUUGCGAGAAGUUCUGAAAGGCCUGGAUUAUUUUCACAGUCAAGGCCUUAUACACAGGGAUGUUAAAGCUGGUAAUAUCCUACUGGCUACUGAUGGGACAGUACAAUUAGCUGAUUUUGGUGUUAGUUCUGUGAUUAGUGACUACGGCGACAGAUCCAGGCCGAAGGUUAGGAAGACAUUUGUGGGUACACCAUGCUGGAUGGCACCAGAAGUCAUGGAGCAGGUUCAUGGAUAUAACCACAAGGCUGACAUAUGGAGUUUUGGUAUUACAGCCAUUGAACUGGCAACUGGAACAGCUCCUUACGCCAAAUUUCCAGCCAUGAAGGUACUUAUGUUAACGUUACAGAAUGACCCACCUUCUCUCGACACUGUUGCUCAGAAUGACGGAAAAGAAAACUACAAGAAGUAUUCCAAGGUGUUCAGAAAGAUGAUCAGUAGUUGUUUGAUGAAAGAGCCUGCUCAGAGGCCAGAUGCUAAAGAACUUUUAAAACUUCCCUUCUUCAAGAAAGCGAGGGAAAAGGAAUUUCUAGUUGAAAGUUUAGUCCCGCUUAUGCCUUCACUGGGUGAAAGGUCACAGAAGGUAAAGCGAGUCCCAGGCUCCAGUGGACGGCUUCACCGCGCGGCCGAUGGCAGCUGGGAGUGGUCAGAUGACGAAGAGAGAAAAGGAGGUAAAAGCGAUGAUGACGACGGAGAAGAUAAACAAAAAUCGACAAAUGUGGAUACUGUAAAGGGAAAUCCACCCAAAAACGAAGGACCGCCUAUCCACGUCCAACCGUCCACACCAACAUCACCAAAACCUCCUGCACAAAUUAAUUUGGAUCUUACCCUUAGAUUGAGAAAUGCUAAGAAAGAAUUGAAUGAUAUCAGAUUUGACUUCACUCCUGGUAAAGAUACAGCUGAAGGCGUGGCGCAAGAGCUCGUGUCGGCCGGUCUAAUAAGUGGACAGGAUUUAGUAGUUGUUGCCGCUAACCUCAGCAAAGUAAUUGAUAAUCCACCAAGUAGCAAAUCAAUGACGUUCCCGCUGAAAUCAAGUGGGAAUUUAAACGAGCCGCCAGACGAUCGCACACUUAUUGGAUUCGCUCAGCUCACAAUUAACUCUUAGCAAAGGAUAGCCCCCAUCAAUCAGCCACAAGAAAAGAUAAAUGAAAAUGAUUAGUUUUGUGUCACACGAAUUAUCCCGUACUUACACGUAGAUGUGUUUUCCAGUAAGAUCGUUCGGUGGAACGAAUUCCCGAACGUUUUGCCAAAGUCUUAGACAAUCAAGCGCGCCGGAUAUAGUCUUAUCGCAAGUUAAAGGGGCUAUGUUGUGUAUAUACGUAAGCCUCUUGUUAAUGCAGCGGCCAAAGUCGAUUCUCGUAGAAGGGACUGCAGAUUGAAGGAGUCUCAUAAUGUAUAUCGCCUCAAAAAUAUAGUAUUUCGUUCGCUAUCCUUCGCAAUUUUCCCCUUAUCUUUUUCACAACUUUCGGACAGCUACGCGCUUUGCCAUCAAAAACAAAAUCAAAAACAAAACAAACAAAAACAACCGGCAAAAAACAAACAAAAACAAAAGCAAACAAACACAGGAAAGUAGAAUCUAAAGAGGAACCUACUUAACCAGAAUGUACUUUGUAAGAAUGUAACGCUCACUGCUUUCUGCAUUGUUCUGUGGUUGGCGAGUCUGAUAUUAAAUGGUUAAUAAGAUUUUUAUUCCAACGUAUAGACAUACACCAUGACGAAAUAUAAGGUGCUAUAUAAAACCCUAGCACCUUAACUCAAAGAUAGAAAAAAAAAAAUGAUUAGAUGGUUUUCGUUAGACAUGAGGAAGAUCUCUACAAUAUGUCGAGGUUGAGCGGGUUAUUAAUAUGGAAUAGAUUUCACGAAUGUGUCAACGAUUUUAGUCUUGACAAGUUUUUAAUUUCUCUUAACUUUAUCAGUGCAAAGCUUAGAGAGGAGGUCAGAAAAAUACUCCAAGGGAGGAAUCAGCGAGGACAAAAUAACGUUAAGUAUCCUAUAAGUCAAACAUAACUAGAAUCAUGAGAGGGCAACAUGGAUCGGGACCACUGAGGUAAACUGAUAUACUCACCCGUAGAGCAGAAGAUUGCAAAUAACAUACAACUGGACAAUGCAAUGAGUUGCUUUACACUGUAACUGAGUCUUUAACUUACAAGGAGAACUUUCCUUUCGCUGAACUCUCACUGUAGGCUGGGAAGAAAAGUUAGUGUGAAACGAGUGUGCAGUCAGGCAUUUUUGAGCCUACAGAAUAGGCGGAUUAGCGGAUCAGAGAGCAAGGCGAGACCAAGCAUGCGCAAUGCGAGUAGACUCGCGCUUCGUGCUCGUGGUCGCGCUCUGCGCGCGUCUAUCGCGUCUCGAUCUCAGGCCCGCUAAUCCGCCUGUUCUGCAGUCUAUUGCGUGUUUUUUUUUUUUUCUUAAGCUUGUUAACUUUUUCUUAUCCGGGACUAACCCUUAUUGUUAGAUGCCUAGAAGAAUUUUCCAAUAACUGACCAAAAACUCAAAAUUGCACAGCCAAUUUUGUCAAUUACAUUUCCGUUGAAAAUAAACCAAAGAAAGCAGAACAGAGAGCAAAUACAAACCAAUCAGGAAACAAGCGGGGAAAACAUGUAACCGUUGUUACAGGCGGGAAAAAUUGCGCACAAGGCAAGUUGUGAUUGGCUGGCAAAAAAAUACCUUCACUGUGAUUGGUUAGGGGAUCAUGCGCAAGUUCGCGGUGUCACCUCAAAGAAGGCUCUUCUGCGAAGGGUGGGUGAUUCUACAAUUAAUGUUUAUAAUGCUUGUAUAGAUUGGGUCAUAUUCAAUGCAUUCGUAUACACCAUUGUAAUUUGCGUCUGGGAUAAACAUAGAAAUGGUCAACUUAAAGUUAAUAAUACAUGUAAUUAAGAUAUUUUGAUAAAACCAAACUUUCAGAUGCAA